AGUUCAGUGGUUUUAGUAUAUUCACAGAUAUGUGUCAUCCUUUCCACAGUUGAUUUUAGAACAUUUAGAUCCUCAAAAAGGUACCCUGUACCCUUUAGUUAUCACUCUUUAUGUUCUCAUUCUCUCUCCUUCCCCCGAAAUACCACUAAUCUAUGUUCUGUCUCUAUGGAUUUCCCUAUUCUGGACAUUUCAUAAAAAAACAUCUAUCAAUAUGAAAUAUCUUUUGUGACUGGUUGUUUCACUUAGUAUAAUGUUUUCAGGGCUCACCCACACUGCAGCAUGUCUUAAUACAUCACUUCUAAUUGUGGCCAAAUAAUACUGCAUUCUCUGGUGGUCACACACUUUGCUUACCCAUCCAUCAGUUGAUGGACAUUUGGGUGGUUUCCACUUUUUGGCUAUUGUGAAUAAUGCUGCCAUUUACAUUUGUGCACAUGUGCUUGUGUGAACAUCUGCUUUCAUUCUCUCAGGUAUAUACCCGGGAGUGGAAUUGCCAGGUCAAAUGAUAACUGUAUGUUGAACCAUUUGAGGAACUGCCAGACUGUUUUCUGACAUGGAUCCCCAUUUUAUUUUACUCAAACAUGGGAACCUCGCCAUCAUUCAAGGAUAAGCUGUCUGGCCCCCGGCUGGCCUCCUGGUGAGUUCAAGGCCCUAAUCCAGUAGCACAGUGGAACUCACACCACCCUGAGCCUGGGAAGAUGGUGUCACAGUCUACAGGCCGGCAGGAUUCUCCCGUGGACUCGUGGGAAAGGGACGGCAAUGACCCUGGCGACAUUGAUGGUUCUCCCAGCCUCCUGGACACUGACCAGUCCCCUUGCCACUCAGACGUCAGGUUCAUGAGGCACAAAGCUUCCUGGAUUAACCCCCAGUGUGAGCAGCAACAGCUGCAGGAUUUGCCCCCUCGGGGGCCGACAAGGGGGUACAGUGGGAGCCACUUUGGAGGGAACACCGCCUCUCCCCUCGGCCCCUCACCAUUGUCUCUUGGGGACUCCACGGUGGAGACAUCACUGUCGAAGGAUCCUGCAGACUCUGCCCAGGGCUCAGGUGACAAGAGCGGCGCCCUCUCUUUUACCUCCACAGAAGAGCAGGCGGUGCUCCUAGGACACUCUCCUCAGAUGUCUCUGUUCACAAGCUCCUUUCCUGGUCCUGAAGCUGACCAUGCUUUGCUGCAGCCUUCCCAGCUGACAGCUUCCACCGAUGAAGGUGCUGUUCAAGUCAGUGGAAGAACCACUUUUUCGAAUUCCUUCUCUCCAGAGGUAUUUCUACUCCCAGUCGAUGUCGAAAAGGAAAAUGCCCACUUCUAUGUUGCAGAUAUGAUUAUAGCAGCAAUGGAGAAAAUUAAGUGCAACAUCCUGAGUCAACAGCACACAGAGCACUGGGGUGUGGAAGAAGCCAGUGGGGCGCUCGGGAAUGACCACGCUGACUCUGAAGUCACCUUUUAUACCAAUGUAAAGCAAGAAUCUGGGUCUUCCAAUUCUUCUGACAGUGGCUAUGAAGGUUGUGCGGUGCUACAGGGCAGUCCCGUGGCUGGGACACCCACUUACUGUGAUGUGCUGAAAGAAGCCUGUAAAUGUGACUUCGAUGACUUUGUUAUCAUAGAACUUGGUGAGUUUAGCAGUAUCACAGAAACCUGUGGAUGUUCCUGCAGCUCCUCUAAGAGUGUCAUUUAUGAGCCAGACUUCAGUUCUGCUGAGCUAAUAGCCAAAGAGUUGUACGGAGUAUUCCAGAAGCGCUGGAUGUUGUCAGAUGUUAAUCAUCAACUGGCAGAUUCUCUAAAUGCUGCUGGCUCGAAAGUAGUGAAUGAAGAGUGGGUCCAAAAAGACUUUGAAUCCAGUGUGGAUGUCAUUCAGGAAAUUACCCUUAAGUCGAAGAUCAGAGGGGCUGAAGACUGGGAGCCCCCCAGAUUUCAAAUCAUACUUAAUGUUCAUCCACCACUCAAGAGGGAACUCGUGGUAGCAGCCCAGAAUUUUUUGUGUGCUGGUUGUGGAACUCCAAUAGAACCUAAGUUUGUGAAGCGCCUGCGGUACUGCGCCUACCUGGGGAAGUAUUUCUGUGACUGCUGCCACACCUACGAGGAGACCUGCAUCCCUGCCCGGAUCCUGACCACGUGGGACUUCAGGAAAUACUACGUCAGCCAUUUCUCCAGACGGCUGCUGGACAGCCUGUGGCACCAGCCCGUUUUCAAUUUGCUGAGCGUUGGCCCCGGCCUGUACGCCAAGGCCAAGGAACUGGACAGAGCGAGGGAAACCCGGGAGCAGCUUUUUCAUAUCAAGAAGAUGUUGAAGACCUGCAGGUUUGCUGAAAGCGAGCUAAAGGAGUUUGAGCAGGUGCCGAGGCACUUGACUGAUGAGCUCCACCUGUUCUCCCUGGAGGAUCUGGUCAGGGUCAAGAAAAGGCUGCUGGUGCCCUUGCUCAAGGACAUUCUAAAAGCUUCCAUCGCACAUGUGGCCAGCUGUGAGCUGUGUCGAGGGAAGGGCUUCAUUUGUGAAUUCUGCCGGAGUACAGCCGUCAUCUUCCCCUUUCAGACCGAGACAUGUAGAAGAUGUGCAGGGUGCAGAGCUUGCUUUCACAAGCAGUGUUUCCGGUCCUCCGAGUGCCCCCGGUGUGCGCGGAUCACAGCUAGGAGAAGACUUUUGCAGAGUUUACCUUCUGCAGCAACAUGAUGCCCUGAGUGUCGUGGAAAAGACUGUUCAACAUGCCUUAUAACACCGAUUCGUGUCUAUUAUUGAUCAUAUUGUUUCAGAUGCUGAGUAUUGUAUGUUAAGAAAAAAUGGCCAAUAUCGUUUUUUAUUAUAGAUAUUUAAUGUUUUAAAAAGAAUGCACGUUUUUUUGUUAUUAAGCAUAGGUUUGUUACUGGUGGUUUUGUUUACAGAUGUUCAGUGUUUUUGCUGCUACUGUAUUUUUUUAAAGAGUUUUUUUUUUUUUGAUACUUCUUAAAUCGUAUUUGAGUGGUUGUAUGUAGCUAAUAUUGGAACCUAUUUUUGUAUGAAUUGUAACUGACAAGACAAAUUACUCCGUUCGUCUUUCUAUAAAGCUUGUUUUUGUGAAACGGAUUGGUACUUUCAAUGAACAAAAAUGCAACCAUUGAUCCGUUUACUCCCGGUUUUUUUCCGACUUAAAUGCCAUUUUGUAAUUGUGUCUGUAUUACGGAUUUUCCUUAUUCCAGGGUUGGUAUAGAGAGUACACAUUACUUCUGCAGGUGCAUCGAUUACAAGAGGAGCUUGAGUUGCUUAGCGGUGCCUGGAGCUGCUGGUUGAAGCUGUUGACUCUCUGUAGCUCUCUUCGAGGUGCACAAAUCCACCCUGCAUUUGCCAUCUCUCUUCCGCACACUAAGUCAAGGGAGGCACCGCUGAGUAGAACGUCAUCCCUGCCCUUUAGGAUUUCGUCUCAUUGAUAUAAAACUGAAUAUAAGGUAUUUACAGACUUAAAUUGUGAGAAACUACUGUUAAUGAACAAUGUGAUUUUAGUAAUAACAAUAAAAUCAUAGACAUCGAUUAAAAA